AUGGGCAUGACAGGAGUUGGGAAGACAACUUUCAUUAGCACGUUGACAGAUAGCGACCUAACCGUUGGACAUGGUCUCAGUUCCUGCACGAAGGACAUCGACGUUGUCGAAACGAUCAUUAACGGGCAGAAGGUCCAUCUCAUUGAUACCCCCGGUUUCGACGACACGGACCUGUCGGACACGGAGAUCCUCAAGACGAUUGCAGCCGAUGUGCGGGUGCAAGGAAGUGCGUUGAAGAACAUCCGCAUAUUUAGGAGUCUCGUUGGGGAGGACAAUAUGACCAACGUCAUUCUGGUCACGACGCGAUGGGACUCCGUGACUGAAGUGGAAGGAGAACUUCGGCUACAAGAACUGCUGGGGAAGGACAAGUUCUGGGGAGGGAUGAUUACUGCGGGGGCGAGGCAUGAGGCCUUGCAUAACGUGGAGAUCGACAGUCAGCGGAUCGUGCAAAGUCUGCUGGGGCAACCUCCCGUGGAGUCGGAGCUUCAGCGGGAGUUGAAGGCUGGGAAGAGCCUAGAACAAACAGGGGCCGGGCAAGUGGUUAGUGGGGAAUUGCGGAAGAUGGAACAGAGACAUGUUGGGGGAGGUUGCAGAGCUUAA